GAAAGAAGAGGUAGGCAUUCACUGCAGGACUUAUCCAGCUGAAAGGUCCCCACUCACCCCCACCCCUUCUUUUUUCUUCUCCGUACUGUGCUGUCAGUCCCACCUCACCCCUCGCUCUUCCGCUCGUCCCCAUCCCACCCAAGAAUUCCUUACUUCCAAGUCACACACACACACUGACACACUCACUCACACACACACACACACACGCGCACUGGAGGACUAAGCCAGAGGAAAGCAAGACAGACCGACAAACAAGAAAGCAGGCAGAUGGACAAACGUGUGCACGGAAAAGUGGACAUGGAGGUGUGGAGGACUAGAGGAUCAUUCCUGCACAGAAGCACAAGAUCUGGUGAUGGGGUCCAUGCUAGCAUAGUCAUCACUCUUCUGAUUGGGGUAUGGUGUGCACAGGCAUUGGAAGUAUCAGUGGGGAAAGUUAGCUUUGUUGAGGUGAUGAAUGGUAGCUCUGUGCUCUUACCUUGUACCUACAGUAGCUGUAUUGGCAUCAAGAACCUGUACUUCAACUGGAAGUAUAAUGACAAUGGGACAAUGGAUAAGCUUUGUGAAGGAGUCAUCCCAGCUGAGGGUUUGGAGCCCCAUGUGACGAUCUUCCAUGAGCGUGUGAUGUUCGUGGGCUCCAGUAAAGACAGUAACAUCUCAGUCCUGCUGUGGAACGUCACCUUCGAGGAUGAGGGCGAGUACACUUGCUUCGCCCGCAACCCCAAAGAGAAGAACCGAAACCACAGUGCCGUAUUCAACCUCAUCGUUGUUGACCAGCUUAAAGAAGUGGACAACACAGUGACGAUAAUCAUUGUAUCUGUGAUCGGAGGGCUUAUUGGGUUGAUCAUUAUAGUCAUGGCAAUAAAGGCGGUGGUCGUCCAUUUCCUCAACAAGGCCCAAGAGAAAAAUAAAGAGUGCCUUGUGAGCUCUUCAGGAAAUGACAACACAGAAAAUGGCCUUUCAGGUUCCAAAGCAGACAACAAAGCAUCACCAAAGGCAUAAAAAAUAAGUAUAUGUGUGUAAAUGGGCAGAUGUGUGGAUGCUAGAUGUGAAUAUAGAGUUAAAGCUAUAAAUAUGGACUGUUUUAUCUUUAUGGAAAACAAAAUGUUAAUAUUAAUUAAGAUAUAUUCUAGAAAUUUGCUCAAUAUAUUUUAGAAAUAUUUAGUCUGAUGUUUGGGCUGGAUUGCACACCUUUUCACCGCGCGUGGUUUACAAGGAGUUUAAAUGUACAGUGCUGUGCAAAAGUCUUAGGCACAUGCAAAAAAAAAAAAAUAAUCUGUAAAGCAAAGAUGCUGUCAACAUUUCUAUUAAAAAAAAUACUAUAAAGGGCAGUAAACCGUAAUAAAUGUACAGACAUUUUUGUUGAAAAAAUAAUGUGUAAAAAGCUAAAAUGUUUCUGUACUUGAAAUGCAGAAGUCAUAAAAUAUACAUCUAUAACAAAAUUUGUUUAAAAAGAUUAGAGUGUCUAAGACAUUUAAACAGUACUGUAUAUACACAUAUACAUACAACCAGGUGACAAAUUAAAGGAAAAACAAACACCAAGUGUUUUAGUAACAAUUACUGUUAUUUCUCUAUGUUUUUUUUUUCUCACAAAUCACACUACUGCCUGAGCAUCAUACUCUCUGAAUGUUGAAGCACAUUGAGAGCCAGUGGAUCAAUCUGAGUGACUGAAUCUCCUGCCAUCAAUGAACUCUCUUUCAGAGUCACUUAGAUCUUUUCCUCUUGUCUUCUUGAUGGAUUAUGAAGGUGAACUGAGCAUGUUCAGCACUGCGCUCGGUGAGACGUUAACUGCUUUAAUGUACCAGUCUUUCUGCACUCAUUUAUUCAGAAAUAUCCUUUAAUUUGUCACCUGAAUUUGUUCAUGUGUAUAUUCCCCUGGGAGUAAUUCACAUAAAUUGCCUUUGGAUUAAACAUUAACCAUAAUGCAGCCCAGAUAUUAACCACCUUUAUCUGUGAAUCUGUGUAAGGUGUGAAGGGAUAUCCAGCCCAGAAUCAGAAACAGUUUAUUUGCAAACACGUGUUCUGGAGGUCCAGUGCGCUGUCGUUAGAGAGUCUUCUCUGCUCCAACACACCUGAUUUCACACACUAGUUAUCCGAAUUAUUAUGAAAUCAGAGGUGAAUUUGGUGUGUUAGAAAAGAGAAACUCUUUUAAGUACUGUGGACUUCCAGGGCAGCUUUAGUGUAAUAUCCAUGUUUAGAAAAAAAAAAACAAAAAAAACACACCGUGCCUGCUAAUGCUUCAAACUUUUCUUGCUUUUAGGGAGUCUUUAAAACGCUAUAAAAACGUAUCUGCUAUGAAAGGGGGAAAAAAAAGAAACUUCCUAUAAAAUAAGUUAGUAAAUUAAGACAAUCCCACCCCUUUAAGGAAAAAAAAAGUUUCUCCCUGCAGAAAAUGAAUGAUCCUUUCUGAUGCUGCUUUUAACAAGUUAACCAAUGCAUUUUUAAAAGGAACAAAAAAGAAAGCAUGUAAAUGAUUUAUGUAUGUGCUCUUAGCGGCUUACCACUCCACUCAGAUAACGGCAAACCAGUUAACUGAUACGGCGUUGGAAGGAGAGGGGUCCAUUUACAGUACAAGUGGCACAAAUGUACCCACUUUAUGACUGUAAUUAGGAUGCAGUGGGAAAAAAACAACAACUGUGAGUACAGAUAUGAGAGAGAGAGAGAGAGAGAGAGAGAGAGAGACUGCUGACUGAGUGAUAAGCACAAAAAAAUACAAUUCUGUGUAUGAAAAUCCUUAAACUAUAUUUAUUACAAGUCCAGCACUGCUUGUAAUAGUAGUAUUGACUAUAUUUACUAAGAGAAUAGAAAUAUCAGUGAAUGAGAUUACUGUAAAUAAAAGGUGCAUUAUGUUCCUCUAAAUAUUACUGUAAGUUCUAUAAAUGUAUAUUACAUUGCAAGACACGCUGAAUGUCAGGAGAGACUCGACUGAGACUGAAUUAUAAUACUGACUCCAAAACACGAGACCUCGUUUCAGUACCGUCACUGCAUCAUAUAACUCCACCUCCUCCUCUCUCUCUCUCUCUCUCUCUCUCUCUCUCUCUCUCUGUCUCUCUCUCUCUCUCUGUCUCUCUCUCUCUGUCUCUCUCUGUCUCUCUCUCUCUCCCUCACUGCAUCAUAUAACUCCACCUCCUCCUCUCUCUCUCUCUCUCUCUCUCUCUCUAUCUGUCUCUCUCUCUCUCUCUGUCUCUCUCUCUCCCUCACUGCAUCAUAUAACUCCACCUCCUCCUCUCUCUCUCUCUCUCUCUCUCUCCUCUCUCUCUCUCUCUCUCUCUCCUCUCUCUCUGUCUCUCUCUCUGUCUCUCUCUCUCUCCCUCACUGCAUCAUAUAACUCCACCUCCUCCUCUCUCUCUCUCUCUCUCUGUCUCUCGCUCUCUCUCUCUCUCUCUCUCUCCCUCACUGCAUCAUAUAACUCCAUCCCCUCCUCUCUCUCUCUCUCUCUCUCUCUCUCUCUCUGUCUCUCUCUCUGUCUCUCUCGCUGUCUCUCACUGCAUCAUAUAACUCCACCUCCUCCUCUCUCUCUCUCUCUCUCUGUCUCUCGCUCUCUCUCAUUCUCUCUCUCCCUCACUGCAUCAUAUAACUCCAUCCCCUCCUCUCUCUCUCUCUCUCUCUCUCUCGCUCUCUCGCUCUCUCGCACUGCAUCAUAUAACUCCACCCCCUCCUCUCUCUCUCUCUCUCUCUCUCUCAUGGUUUAUAAGUAUAUGAGGAGCAUAUAUCUAUACGUCUUCCAUUAGAGCUGACUCUCAGAAUUCAGGGGCUCUGGCGAUCUCAGUUGUUUGGGAUACUUUAAUCAGAGCAGUUUUACAUUUUUAGUGUAGAUUUUGAGGACUGAUUAGGUUCGGAUUUCCGUCUAGCCAAACUGAAACAGGAAGAAAUGUUUCAGAUUGGUACGUAAUGGAAACACAGGAGAUCCAUAAUUCACUUGAAGUGUUAAUGUGUGGCAGCAAUAACUGCAGAAUCUACAGAUGGCUUUUUUAGUGCUGUAUGGUUUUAAGCUCUGAGGAUGGGUACUAUGUCUUUCGAUGCACUGAUGCACAAAGCUUCGUCCUGACAUCAUUAGCGUUAACUCUCCAUGUUACUGAUGUUUUCAGGAAUUAGGUAGAUGCUCUGAUUUCAAAAGGCAAUACUUGUCAGUCGUUCUUUCUUGUUUGUUCCAUGGACACUGCAGUUUAAUUUCUUUGUUGUACCUCUCACUUGUACUCGUGUAUGUUUGGCAUCACCUUACAUUCACACAAGCAAAAAAGUGAGAGAAGGCCAUACAUUUACUGUGGACGUGCGUUGCUGUUUCCAGUGGAGAUAACAAUUCUAGCAGGACAUGAUAACUAUGAUAGCUAAUUUUGAAGGAAUGCACUUAAUUUCAGUGUUUUAAUUAUCUAUUCAUAAAUGAACUCCAACUGAAACAGCAGGAAUGAAAACAAUAUUAAUACGUAUUUACAGUGCAUGAAAAAAGUGACACAAUGCAGCGAGAAAAACUCGCAGUGACUCGAGUGAGCGUUGACUAUGUCAGAGCGUGUUUUUGUAGAAAUUAGCUACGAAAUCCAUUCAAAAUCAAGUGAAGUAAAUAUUAAUGGAAAUGUAUAUGAAUGGUUUGUAUAAGCAAAUUUUAAAUCGAAACAGAAUUUACUUUAGCUUGCUGUUCGGUUGCAGUGCAAAUUUAUCGGCUAAGCCUUUUCCUAUAGACCUUCUUGCUGUCAUUGUUUUAUUGCUUAAGCAUGCCUAAGCAAUAUAGACUUAAUCUAAAAUCCUGAAAUAUAUGAAUGUACUUUAGCUUGCAGUGCACAUUCAUUGCUAAGCCUUUUCUUGUAACCAUUCUUUUUGUUAUUACUUAAGCAUGCGUAAGCAAUAUGGAGUAAAUAUAACACCAUGUUAAAUUAAAACAACCUAUAAUAAAUCUCUUAAGGAUGGUUUAGCAACUCUAUGCUUAGCAUAAUGCCAUAUUAUCAUAUACAUGAUAAAAUUUCACAAUAUGUGAGUAGUACAAUAAUGUGAUGCUAAAAGAAAUGAGUGCCUGCAUGUCUCAAGAGCAUUCUGGUGCAUUCAAAAGGUUCUUUGUAGACUUUUAAAUAAGUACACUUUACUUGCUUUGACUCUUUUAUUUAUUAUUAUUAUUAUUAUUAUUAUUAUUAUUAUUUGUAAACCAUGUCAUUGUUGGAUGCUUCAACUCUGUUGUUGUAUCAUUUGAAAAGCGUAUAAUUGUAUUAAAAAACACACAAAAACAAAACAAAACUAAACUAAACUAAAAACCCACCCCUGCCCACUUGGUUUGACCGAGACAGCUUCAGUGAUUAUAUCUGUCUUUUAUACUGAAAAGAGUUUGUGUAGCUGGGUACUCUGUCACACAGCCUGUGCAUAUGGGGUUGAUGUAGACUAAUCCUGCCAAAAAAUACUUGCAAAAUGCAAAAUAUUGUGUGCCUGAAAAUAUACUACUACAUUUUUUUCAUCUAAAACCCAGAAAUUCAAAUGGGCACACUUCUCCAGCAAACAAGACACUUAACAUAACGCAUCAAAACGAUGAGAUUAUGAAAUGACCAACUGGAUUUCACUGCUGGAACAGCUCCUUCUCUCACUGCCAAGCCACAACUCCGUGAGAUCUGCUCUCCACUCUACACAUUCCACUGCAGAGAGCGCUCUCUCUUUUUAUACUGACGUUUCAAAUAAAGCUGUAAUUCAUAACACAGCAAAACUAUUGUACACUGUAGUCACACAUGCAGUAAGCAGAGUACACAAUUUUAAAAAAAGUUUUUAAUCACAAUUUAUACAGUGAAUUUUAGCACUGAAAUAAAAAUGGUAGCUUGUUGAUAACUCUUCCCCUAUUGCACAGGUCCUCUGAAGAAAGUUCCUUUUUUUUUCUUAAUCGAGCUUCCGGGCGUGUCUGUGUGGCAAACACUGGAGUAAUGUCUUAUCCACAAGAUCUGUCCUCAUUGCCUUGAAAAUGCUUCUAAACCUCAUCAACAUGAACUCUACGAAGCCAUUGUGCAAUCAGCUUCUCUCUCUGUAACAAUGUCUGUCAUUCUCCUUUACUAUGCACUUCAGUAGCAGAUUAAAAUUCUAAAAAGAAUAUAAGAAAUAAAAGUUUUCAUAAAAAAAUCA